AUGACGAUCAGAACUGAUUCCAAAAACUCUAUACACAGCAAUCGUAUCAUAGAGGAUGAGUCAGAUAGCGAUAUAGAGUCUGUCAAAGAAACCAAGAGAAGAAGAAGACCUUUUCAAAAGAUUGGAAUAACUUUUCUGGGUGUUGCAAUCAUUUUCUCAUUGUUAUUAGUUACAGUGCCCGCAGCAUUGUUAAAUCAUGUAAAUACUUUUGUAGAUGGUGUUUUGUUUCGUGCACUGUUCGCCGCUUUUGUAGCAUGUCUCUUUAUAUGUUUAUGUUCGAUUUAUUAUCUUGGUGGUGAAAAUCAAGCUUGGGAGGAUCCAGAAGGAAAUGAUCUUAAUUUAAGUUUCCAAAAUAUUACAGUGAUUCUAGGUAUUGUUAUAGAGUUUGUUCAAUUGUUUUCAUUUUCAUUCAAUCAGUUAAGUCCAUUUUUGGGAUCAGAGGAAUUAAGAAACUUGAACUACCUAGCAAUACCUUAUGAACCUGGAAAAGUCUUUAGAGUCAUUGGAGAAUCAUAUACAUCAAAUUUUAUAGCUAGAAAUGAACAAAGAUAUUAUUCGAUAUUAUGGUUUCUUGUAAACACUAUGUAUCUACCAGUUAUGAGUACUAUGUUUGGUGGUGUUGAUUGUACAUUCCAAUCCGAUAAUAAUAUAGUUUCUUGGGAUUCCGAUCCAUCAUUAACUUGUUUAAGAGGAAUUCAUAUAGUUUUCAUUGUGUGUUCAAUGGUUGCAUUGGUAGUUUAUUAUCCAGCAGCAUCAUUUGCGCAAUCUCAAACACAAAACAUUUCGGAUAUUAAAUUUAAACCAACUGUAGUAUUUAUAUUUGCACAAGGUAAAGUCUUAUUGGCAGCCAUGGCAGUCUUUGCAACUAGUUAUAUAUAUGUAUAUCUCGCAGCAGUUAUAGUUGUGAAUAUUGUAUUUUUAGGAAUUAAUGUUAUAUUGGAGCCAUGUAUUGUUGAAUGGGUAAAUCGUAUGAGAACAGUAUUUUUUUCAUUUUGUUGUAUUUCAACGAUUUGUUCAUGGCUAGCACUGAUACCAAAUAUCAAAGAUUUCGUUCCAAUGAUUUUAAUGAUAUUUGGAUGGGUAGCAUUUGCCGUCGUCUAUUCAAUGUUGUAUUAUUUUGAAAUUAAUCUUGGUAUUUCAGAAAAAAUAUUUUCACUUAUUCGCGUCAAAGAAACACCAAGAAAACCUCCACCUGAAUUAAAUAAGAGUAGUAGUCAUAUAAACCAAAACCUUUAA